AUGCGUGACUCAGACACCCAGGACGGCACUCUCGACGGAGAACGAGCGGCGAGCUCCAGCCGGUCAGGCGCGCGCCCCGCCCGCGGUCCCCGCGCGCCCCGCGUCUCUCCCCGCCGCGAGACCCUAACAGCCACUCUCCUUCGUUCUCCAGGCAAGCUGUAUUCGCGGCUCGUCUGCGUGGAGGGGGACCAGCUGUCCCUGCAGAUCCAGGACACGCCCGGGGGCACCCAGAUCCAGGACAGCCUCCCCCAGGUGGUCGACUCUCUGUCCAAGUGUGUGCAGUGGGCCGAGGGCUUUCUGCUGGUCUACUCCAUCACCGACUACGACAGCUACCUGUCCAUCCGGCCCCUGUACCAGCACAUCCGGAAGGUCCACCCUGACUCCAGAGCCCCUGUCAUCAUUGUGGGCAACAAGGGGGACCUUCUGCACGCCCGGCAGGUGCAGACGCAGGACGGCAUCCAGCUGGCCAAUGAGCUGGGCAGCCUGUUCCUCGAAAUUUCCACCAGUGAGAACUACGAAGACGUCUGUGAUGUGUUUCAGCAUCUCUGCAAGGAGGUGGGCAAGCUUCACAACCUGGGUGGGGCACGGAGGAGGGUCCCCGCCAUUCCCCGGCCGCGCUCGCCCAACAUGCAGGACCUGAAGAGACGGUUCAAGCAGGCCCUGGUGUCCAAGGUCAAGGCCCCCUCCACACUGGGGUGAGCCAUCUCAGGCAGAUCCGGCUCCUGGCUCUUUUUUGUCGUGUGUUUGUGCAGCUAAAAAGACUAGGCUUCCUGGAAGACGUGAUAAAGACUGAAAAAAGAAAAAAAUAUACCAAAAAGCUAAAAAAAUAAAAAGAGAAAGAAAAAAAAAGACUGAACUUUCUGGAAGAAGUGAUAAAGGCUUAAAAAAAAUCUUUAAAAAAAUCCAAAACACUAAAAAAAAAAAUAAUAAAAAAAAAAAAAGACUGGAGUUUUCCCUUUUUAAUCACAUGUUCAGAGUUUAUUUUUAUAAAGACUAUUGAUGUUCAAGUGUUUGUGUAUUGCUAAAAAUUCAAAACAGUGAUUGCUGGAUGAAGUUUUGUUUUUUAAAUAAAAAUACAUUUUUGGUUGUUUUUUUACUGUAAUAGCCUCUUUUCCAUUAAAGGCAAAAUGGCAACAUUGUUA